AUGGCCUCCGAGGCCUCCAUCGCCCUGACAAACCGCUCCCUCCGUACCAUCCGCACUGAACUCGAGUUUCUCGCAGACAGUUCCAUCAUCUCACCAGAGCAGUUAUCGUCAAUCCUUGCUCAACUACCUGCCCAGACCCCCCUACACGCUCCUUUACACGCUCCUACAAAUGUCUCAACCAACACCCCCGUCGAUCAAUUUUCAAAUAUGAACAUCAAGGAACACUAUGCCCCAGUACCGACGCCAGCGCCCCUUCCACCACCAGCAUACGUCCAAAGUCCUCAGGUCCUCGCCAUAGCCUCGGCGUUGUACGCAUAUUCUCCCACAGACGCUGGAGACUUGGCAUUGCAACCAGGUGAUACUGUGUCAGUAUCAGAACACAUGAACAAUGACUGGUGGAGAGGUCGGAACGAGCGCACGAACCAGGAAGGAAUUUUCCCUCGUAGCUAUGUCAAUGUUGUGGAAGAGAAAAGGCCACCCAUGGUCCCUGGAACCUCCGACUAUGGCAAUAUGCCUCUUCAACUCACUCAAUCCAGUUCGGCUGUCGGUCCCGAGGGUCGCAAGUAUAGUAAGCUGGAAGAGCAAGGCAAAAAAUUCGGCAAGAAGAUGGGCAAUGCUGCUAUCUUUGGCGCGGGAGCCACCAUCGGCAGCAACAUUGUCAACGGAAUUUUCUAA